UCGUUUAAAUAAAACUUUGCCAUCAACGUAUUGAAUAUUCGUCUGAUAGCUGAUGCUGAUUUGACGUAAAUUUAUUCUGUAUUGAUUUUCGGACAAUUCCAAUCGACCGGCACGGCGUCAUAGUGUCGUACACUCAUACGUGUUGAUACACGUGAGAGGUGACUGGCCUACUUACGCCCGGCUUAGGCGUCGUGGUUCAUAUUUCGGAUGGCAAGAAAACGGAGUUCUAGAACGAAAAUGUCUUACAAUCGUCGAAGUGGUGGUGGUGGUGGUGGUGGUAGUUACGGCGUUGGAAAUAGUGGCAACUAUGGAAAUUCUUAUGGACAAAGUCCUAGCAAUAAUUAUAGCAAUUCUGGAAGUUAUGGAAGUGGUGGAGUUGGUGGUGGCGGCAGUGGAAAUUUCAAUGGAGGUGGCACUGGCCGCUUCAACAACUUCAAUAAUUAUGGUAGAAGCCCCAAGAUGAGUCCUUGGGAAUCUGGUGUUUCCCCAGGAGGUGGGAUGAUGCCAAAUGUUCAUCCAAAUCAAAUGGCUCUAGCUAGUGAUUUAUUAUCUAAGCUUUUAGCACCUAAUCAGGGUGGAUAUGGAAGUAGCCAAAAUUGGGGUCCAAACCCUGGAAUGGUGAGAAGACAGGAAUCGUUUAAGAACCAAAACCGGCGCAGGCCUGAUAAUCGCAAUCGUAGACCUCCUCCAAAAAAGGACGAUAAGAAAAAGGAUUCUAAACCUGAAGCGGAUAAAAAUGAUAAGAGUUCUAGUAAUGAAACAAACGGUAUCAAGAAAGAAACAAAUGAACAUGUGGAUUAUGAUGGUAUUCCAACAGCUGUAUUAUUUUGUCAUGUUUGUCAAAAACACAUGUGGGAUGGAGCUUCUUUUGAGAAACACGUACGCGGUCGUCCUCAUGAAUUGAUGAUGACAUACUUGGAUGAAGGGUACAAAAUGCAAGUGGAGUUAAUGCGUCAUCAGAUUAAAGCAGCUGAAAAUCAAAGAGAAAUUGAUUUAGAGCGUAUGCAAGCUCAAAAUAAGGGAAAAGCAAAACCCUUGUUCCGUAAUUACUGUCCUAUGUGCAACAUUAAUUUCUAUGGACCAUUGACUGGACAUCGUAAAAGUGAUCGUCAUCGCAAAUUGAAACAAUUCCUUCAUCCAGAAUGCAAAAUGUGUGAUACGUUAUUCCAUACUCGUUUAGAAUGGGACGAUCAUAAAUUAUCUUCAGAUCAUUUACGCAAAGUUGGUGAACAACGCCGUCAAUUUAAUCCUGAUCUUAAAGACGAUGAAUUUGAGUUACUUGAUGUGAUAGUGAUUGAAGAUGAUACACCUUCAGAAGAAAUGCCUGUGGCAUCAAAACUAGAUAUGCUUGAUGAUCAAGAUUUGAAGGAAGAGGAUGAUGACGAAGAAGAACAACAACAAGACAUUGCUAAGGAAGAGGAUGAAAAUAAAGACGAUGAAGUAGUUGAUGAUACUAAUGCUGAUGAUAAGGAAAAAGAAGAGAAUGAUAAUUCCAAAGAAGGGGAUGGUACGGAGAUGGAUGUUUCCAAAAAUGAAAAUGACAUUGAAAAGGAACAGAAUGAUAGCGUUAAAGAAGAUACAACAGUAAUUAAAAAAGAAAAAGAAGAAAAAUACAAUCCCGCUAAUGUUGUUGGUCGUGAACUUGUAGUCAAGACUGGAGGAUUUGUAUGUCGUAUUUGUUCAAUGUUUAUGAAGAAUGAUGAAGAAGCAGAUUUACAUUGUCAAACUGCUUCACAUUAUAUUAACUUCACUACUAUCACAAAAUUACAUGCUAAAAUCAAUAAUCGUAAGCGCAAAAUGAAAGAAGAUAAGAAAGAUGAUGAUGACAAUGAGGAAAAUGAUGUGAACGCAGAAGAAACUGAAACACCUGAGAAAAAAGCACGUUUGGAUGAAACCGAAGAAGAUAAACCAGUAGCUGAGCAAAAUGGCAUAGUUGAACCAGAAUCUGAGCCCAUGGAUGAUGAUAAUAUUCAAGAGAUACAAUCUAAUGAAGAGUCGAAGGCAAUUAACUCUGAAGAUUCAGUAGUUCCAGAUCCUAUUGCUACAGAUACUGUUGUUGAAACCAAAGAAAUUGUUGCUGAACCAGAAUCUGAACCAAUAAAAGAAUCUCCAGCUCCAGCUCUCAAAACUACUCCAACACGUGGUCGAGGUGGUGGUCGUGGUCGAGGAGUAGCAAGAAGGGGUCGAUCAAGUCGCUAAAAUCACAUUUAAAUUAAUAAAUAAUAAUAAUAAAAAUUAAAAAAAAUGGAGGAUAUACAACUUUAGUGUAAGUAAUUGAGUACCCAAUAAUUAAAGUAAUUUGUUUUUAAAUACUCUUCAUUAUGUGUAUUCAAAAUAUCAUUUGACUUAAAAUAAAAAAUAAUCAUUUAAAUUAUAAUCAGUAUACUUAAAUAUUUUGAAUUGUGUUCAGUAAAGUUUUCUUACAACGGCAUUUUUAUUCAAAAUAUGUGACUUGUUUUUAAUUAUGAAGUCAAAUUCAUAUUUAUGUAAUGUGUUUAAGAAAUUAUGCAUUUCUAGUUUUUUUAGAAUUUUCUUCAUGGUAACACCUAUUAUUUUAUUUAAAAAAGAAAAGAUAAACUAAAAUUUCUCUGACAUUUUCUAAUUUGUUAACAUUUAUAAAUAUUUAAAACGAAAAUAGCUAAAUUAGUGUAAUCACUUAUGUAAUAAAUUAUAUGCAUAAAUUGAAUAUCUUAUCGGUAUUUUACUAAGUAAAAUUGGUUUUUAAAACAUAAUAUACUUAUAAUAAUUAAAUUUAAUAUAAUAUAAUCUAAUUUUUAGUUUUAGUUAAGAAAUUAGGAACCUUCUCUUAUUAAUUGAAUAUACCUAUUAUAUGUUUGUAAAACUGUUGGUUGCAUUAAAAAUGAAGAAAAAUGUAGAUUGUCUAAAGUAAUGUAAUUUGUAUAAGUUUUUAUUUUUUGUGUUUUUCGACAAAUUAAAUCAUAACACAUCAAGUGCAUGUAUUCGACGUCAUCUAUGUAAAACAAGUGUACUUAACAUGUUAGCGUAAUACAUUAAUUAUUGUAUGUGAAAUUUGUAUUUUUAACAUAAUUAUCAUAUUCAUUUAACUACAUUUUCGUAUAUUACUCGAUACAACAAUAUUUGCCAAUUUUAUUGUUUUUAAGCGAAUUGUACUUUUAUACUGCAUAUAUAUAUUUAUAUACAAUUAAUAAUAAAUUAUAUCUAAUACCUCACA